AGGGCACGUGGACCAAUGAAGAUGCGGCAUAUGGGCGGGCGCGGAGACUACCCACCAAUGGGAAGCUCCGGCUUGUGUUCCAGCCCCCUAGGCGGUGCACCGCGCCGGGUGCGGUUCACUCGCGCGGCGGCGGCGGCGGCGGCGGAGGCAGCGGCGGCGGAGGAGGCAGAGGAGAUGUGGGCUACGCGCGGGCUGGCGGUAGCGCUGGCCCUGAGCGUGCUGCCUGACAGCCGGGCACUGCGGCCAGGCGACUGUGAAGUUUGUAUUUCUUACCUGGGAAGAUUUUACCAGGACCUUAAAGACAGAGAUGUCACAUUUUCACCAGCCACUAUCGAAGAAGAACUUGUAAAGUUCUGCCGUGAAGCAAGAGGCAAAGAGAAUCGCUUGUGCUACUACAUUGGGGCCACAGAUGAUGCAGCCACCAAGAUCAUCAAUGAGGUAUCGAAGCCCCUGGCCCACCAUAUCCCUGUGGAGAAGAUCUGUGAGAAGCUGAAGAAGAAAGACAGCCAGAUCUGCGAACUAAAAUACGACAAGCAGAUUGACCUGAGUACAGUCGACCUGAAGAAGCUCCGGGUAAAAGAGCUGAAGAGGAUCCUGGAUGACUGGGGGGAGAUGUGCAAAGGCUGUGCAGAAAAGUCUGACUAUAUCCGGAAGAUAAAUGAACUGAUGCCUAAAUAUGCCCCCAAGGCUGCCAGCGCACGGACUGAUUUGUAGUCUGCCUAAUCCCUGCUGCUCCUGAGGGAAAGAACAGCUCACCUGUCUCUUCCCCAAACAACCAUUUUGUAAUUUAUUUUUUAAGCGGGCUCCUGACAAUGAGUUGUGAAGCCUGGAGCUUUCCUAAUGAUGAUGCUGGCUCUGUGGUGCCCCCUCCCCACAGGGGAGGAAUUUACUUCCUUCUUUUGCUGGUUUACUCUAGGACUUCAAAGUUUGUCUGGGAUUUUUUUAUUAAA